CAAUUUUAAAUAAUAUUGCAUAAUUUAUUUACUUUUGUUUAAAAAAUACUUUAUAUAUCAAUACAAUAAAUAAACCAAUUAGUUUUAUAUAAUUAAAUUACACAUAUACAUUUAACGAGAUGUCAUCAACAGGCAAUAAAAUUUCAACUGGUUUUGCAAGAACCAAACAAAAGAUUUUCACAAAAACUGGUCACUCUGAAGAAACCAUUGAUGUACAAUAUCACUACGAAAAAGAAAGAUUAUUUUCAAAUGAAGAAAGAUUUAAAAAUAUUCAAAAAAAUUCAGAAAAAUUAACAAAAUUAAUUAAAGAAUUAAAUAAGAUUACAGUUGAUAUUGGACAAGAUGCAUGUGAUCUUUAUGAAACACAAGAUCCAUUGUGGACCCCAGGUAACAAGUUAAGAGAUAUUGCAAAUGAUAACGACAAACAUUUAUUAGAUUACAAUGAGAACAUCAGCGAACCAUACACCAAACCAUUGAAUAAUUAUAUUUCACAAUAUAAAGAAGCUAGAAAGAGAACUGAACAAUUAACAACUCGUAAAGUAGAUAUGGAUCGUUAUAAAAAUGAAGUUGGUAAACUUCGUGAAAAGGGUGCUGGUUCAUCAUCAAAAGCCAAGUUGGAACCAACCGAAGAGAAAUAUCGUAUUUGUAAAGAAGGUUAUGAUAGCUUACACGAAGAAUUAUUAAACGAUUUACCAAAAUUAAAUGAGGAUAAAGAUAUUUUUAUUCAAUAUUUGGUUGCCACAUUAGUUAAACAACAAACUGAUUUUUAUAAAAAAAUUGCAUAUGAAUGGAGUCCAAUGCCAGGAUUAACUGCCCAUGUCGAUGAAUAUUCAGGUAGAGAUCAUCAACCAGUAAUUACUAGUGUCGAAAGAUCAGCUGCUUCAAUUAAUCUUAGAUCUGAUCCAGUAUUUAAAGGUAAUGCUUCAAUUAAACAAAAACAAUCUGCAGAAUAUUCUUCAAGUAAUGUUGAAAAAGAUAUUCACCAACCACCAAGUUCCUCAAGUCUUAAUCUCGAAAAAACACCAAAUCCUUAUUAUAGUCCUCCAAGUGCUCCACCAAUGCAUCAUGCCACUUCAUCAGCAACAGCACUUUAUGAUUUCACAGGUGUUGAUAGUUCAGAGUUAUCAUUCAGAUCUGGCGAUGUAAUUUCAAUUACUAAGGCAGAGGGUGAAUGGUUUGAAGGUUUUAUAUCAUAUCCAGAUGGUACAACUGUCCAAGGUUUUGUUCCAGCAAAUUAUGUUAGACUCAAUUAAACUAUAUAUUCGACAUCAAACAACAAACAACAAACAACAAAUGUGUAUUAGAAACUAUCAAACAACCAGAAAUCUAUUUAUUUAUUAUUUUUAAAAAUAAAAAUAAUUUU